AUGGCAGCGGGCGGGUCCGCCCAGCCCACCCCGGACCGGCCCGGCCCGGCCCAGGUGCAGCCGGGCAGCCCCGCCGGGCCCCUUAUCCGCAGCCCGGGGGCGCAGAGGCGUGUUCGACCUUCGCGCCUCUGCUCGGUCAGCAGAACAACAACAACAACAGGCAAAAUGACAGCUGUGAGGUAUGAACAAGGGACCCAGCCAAGAGAAUCAUCUGGCUCUCGAACAGCUGAAGAGGCCACAGUAAAGAUUGAUAAUGGUCGUGAUGAGGGUAAUGGACCAGACACCUGUUCCAAUGCAACUAGGAGAAAAAUUGCCCCCUUUGUGAUGUCAUUUGGAUUCAGAGUAUUUGGAGUUGUACUUAUCAUUGUGGACAUUAUAGUUGUGAUUCUGGAUCUGGCUAUCAGUGAGAGAAAGAAGAGUACAGAGAUUCCUGAAGGUGUUUCCCUGGCAAUAGCACUCUUCUUUCUCGUCGAUGUUCUCCUAAGGGUGUUUGUUGAAGGCUUCAGGAACUAUUUCCAGUCCAAACUGAAUAUUUUGGAUGCAUGUAUAGUUGUGGGCACCCUGUUAAUUAAUUUGACGUACUGCUUCUUAGAGGUUGAUGCAGCAAAGGAGAUACCAAGAAUGGUUAUUUUCCUCCGAAUUCUGAGAAUUGUCAUCUUGAUAAGAAUAUUUCGUCUGGCUUCACAAAAGCAGCAACUUGAAAGGGUGACCAGGAGAAUGGUCUCUGAAAACAAAAGACGUUAUGUGAAAGAUGGCUUUGAUCUGGAUCUCACUUAUAUUACUGAUCGAAUUAUUGCAAUGUCGUUUCCAUCUUCUGGGAAGCAGUCUUUCUACAGGAAUCCCAUAAAGGAAGUUGCAAGAUUUUUGGACACCAAACAUCCAGGCCACUAUAAAGUCUACAAUCUCUGCAGUGAACAAGGCUAUGAUCCCAAGUACUUUCACUACAGGGUGGAAAGGAUGUUCAUUGAUGACCACAAUGUCCCAGCACUACACGACAUGCUGAAAUUCACUGCCAGUGUCCGUGAAUGGAUGAGUCAAGAUGAGAAGAAUGUCGUAGCCAUUCACUGUAAAGGGGGCAAAGGCAGGACUGGAACAAUGGUCUGUACUUGGCUCAUAGACAGUGACCAGUUUGAGAGUGCAAAGGAAAGUUUGGACUACUUUGGGGAGAGAAGAACUGAUAGAAGCACAAGUACCAAGUUUCAAGGAGUUGAAACACCAUCACAGAGUAGGUAUGUUGGGUAUUAUGAGAUCCUGAAAAACAAGUAUAACUUGGAACUCCCACCAGAGAGACAACUCAAAAUAAAAAACCUCAAAAUCUACACUAUACAUGGAGUUGGGAAAGGCAAUGGAACUGAUAUGAAGGUGCAGAUAAUAGUAAGGAAGAGAAUUGUACUACAAUGUGUAUGUGCCAAUCAAAAAAACUGCAGGCUCUUCUUUGAUUCUGAAAGUGACGCUGUAGUCAUUGGCUUGGAAGACUGCCCUAUUCUACGUGGUGAUGUGAAAGUCAGAUUUGAAUGCAGUUCUGCUCUUCCAAAAGGCUAUGAUGGCUGCCCAUUCUUUUUCUGGUUCAACACUUCCUUUAUUGAAAAUAACAGACUCUACCUUCCCAGGAAUGAGCUGGAUAACCCUCACAAGUCUAAAACAUGGAAAGUCUACCGUGAGACAUUUGCUGUGGAGGUGAACUUUAUUAAUGCGUAAGGGAAAUCUGAAAGAAAGAAAACAUGUAAAAUUAAUCUCUUUCCUGGAGAAUGUCUUGCUGCUUCAGUAUAAAGUGAAGCAGUGUCACUUGGAUGUAUCUACACAGAAAUACAUAAAGUACAACUUCUCAAAUAAAGCUACAUGAAGUUCC